CAACAGCUUCCACAUUUGUAUUCCUUUCGUUCGCACGCCAUGGCGGCGUCCGAGGGAGCGAAACUCGCCGCGAGCUUUGCUGCGAAGGUGCUCACUCCUGGCUUCUCGGACGCUCGGGCGGCCAGGAGUCCGCUGCUGGUGCCGGCAGCCGCCAGAGAGCUGCUGCCUGAGAUCGGCAUGGAUGACAUCAUCGACGCGCUGUGCAAGGGUACGAGACCUGAGUUGGGCUCCACCGCGGCCCACGGCGAGGCGCCUUCGGACAACGUCUUCAAGGCCUACCUGGACAGCGCCACGCUGAGCCUCCACGGCGCCGAGCAUUUCCUGCCGUGGCUGCUGCGGCUCUGCCAGGCCAUGGAGCCGGCCUUUGGCUUCGUGUCCGCACGGCUCAUCGUGGACGGCGAGCGCGGGCGCCCGCAGCCCGUGGAGCGAGACCAGCUCUUGGUGCAGCUGCUGGGCCUGCAGCGGCUGACGCUGAUCCGGCCGGUGCAGGGGCUGCCGGUCACCGCCCCGCGGCCGCAGCCGUUGCUGGAGGGGACAUUGGAAGCCGGGGACGUGCUCUACGUCCCCGCCUGCGUGGACUGCCGCCAGGAGCCGAGCGCCAGCAGAAUGCCCAACGUCUAUGUCCUGGUCUCCUUGCAGUCUGCAGAGAUGUCGCUGGAGUUCUCGCUGUGCAAAUUCAUGGCCGAUCUCCUCCUGGAGCAGCCGAAGAGUUCGGAGGCCGAUGCAUUCUUCCGCACGUCUGUGACGAGGCAGACAAAGAGAGAGCUGAAGGAGAAACCCGAGCUAGAGGGAUCCGUGCAGAGGUUUGCGCGAGAGCUGGCGUCCAAAGUGACAGCCGCUGGGCUUCGGAAGCACUUCGAGUCGCGGAUGAGCCAGUUGCGCAAAGAGCAGACGGAGAGCGUGGCUGAGGUUCAGGCACUUGGCAGCAGCGGGCCUCGAGUCCUUUCGCGUAGCCUGCUGCGGAUGACGCGGGGAGUGCAAUGCCGGUGCUCCGCUGGCAGUACCCGCGCCUUCUUCACACGAGGCUCCGACACCAUGACGCUGAACAUCGCCGCCACGGCCUCGGCUAUGCUGGCACAGCUCAGCGACGGGGCGACCUAUCGCCUGGACGCGCUGCCCUGCGAGGACCCCAUCGAGCGGAUCUGCGUCUGCAACGUGCUCAUGCGCAAGGGCUGCCUGGAACUCGUGGAUUUCAGCCCUCCGAACAGGUGAGGGGCCGUGGAAGCGGGUCUCUGGGAGCUUUUCCAUCUUGUGUUGGUUUUUUGUAGGGGAGAUGGAGGUAAGAGAACCAAUCAUGUGUGGG